CCGAAAGAUUUUCGGGAUUAACGCUCGAAUACUUCAUGGUGGAAAAGUCUCCACUCGCACAUUAUCGAUGAUGGAGAUAACCGAUAAGCAAACUGCUCAGAACCUGAAAAACACCAUUGAAGAAGUAUUGAAAUCAUACAGCACUGAUGUCACGCAUGUUUAUGCUUGCACAGCUGAUAACGGAAAAAAUGUACAAAAGUGUGGGCAAGAAUUGAAUAAAUCGCAACAAGUGGCACUCAAUUCCAUUGAGCACGAACAAGCCAGUGAUGAUGAAAACGAUGAUGAAGAAGACGAUAAUGAAUGUCACACUGGUGAAGUUGACGAAAUGUUGGAGGCCGUUGAGAACAUUGUUCUUAGCGGUAAAGAAUCCUGUAUUGCUACACUAAAAUGCGCAGCCCAUACUAUUAAUCUGGUUGUAAAUGAUGCUGUGGAUAAGGAAUGCGACAUUCUUAAAAAAGUCCGAAAAAUUGUUAAAGCGUGCCGGAAAGUUGGAUACAAGCCAUUUUUCGAAAUUGAGAAGUUUCCGCUGCCCAAAAUAGAUGUGGAAACGAGAUGGGGCUCUCUAUAUGAAAUGAUCAACUCGUUACAUAGCAGAAAAGCAUUUUUCGAGGAUAUUGGUCAAAAGUUUGAAGAAUUGCACGUAACAGCGGAUGACUGGACCUACAUUGAAGAGUUCACCGCAGCAUUCGAACCGCUGUUUGUUCUAACAAAAGCUCUGCAAGCGAAUGAUUUGAUUCUAGGAGACGUUUUCAAGCUCCUAAAGAUAUGUCAACUAAAGCUCAGUAAGAUCCCUGCUGCCAAUAGAUUUUCAGAAAGUCUUAAACAAGCACUACAGGGUAGAGCUAUACGUAUGAUGGAUAAUGAUGCCUUCCGUGCGGCUUUGCUAUUCGACCAACGCUGGUGCUUUAUCGACUCGCCAUAUGUUUCAAUGGAUGAAAGGCUGAAGGCGAUCGAACACAUGCUGAAAGUUGCCAACAUAUUGAAGACUUUCAAAAAGAAAUCUUCAAUUCAACAGCAAUCAGAACUGCCAGAAUGUCUCGCUGCUACCAAGUCAAGCGAUGACGAUUUUGAAACCAUGCUUGAAGAAGAAUGUCAGCGUGCGUCAACAUCCAAGCUUAAUCCUUCUGAGAUCGACUUAAAAGUCAAACUUCUUGAUCUGGCAAAUUCUAAAACGCGGCUCCCAUCCAGCACCGAUAUAUUAAAGUACUGGGAGGCUCGGCGUUAUGAUGAUGAACAGAUAUACGACCUCGCUAUGAUAGCUUUAUCCGCAUCAGCAACAGAGGUGUCGGUAGAGCGGUGUUUCUCUGGAAUAAAACUUCUACUGGAACAACACCGACUCCGCAUGUCACCCAGUAUGCUUAAUGAUCUGAUGAUAAUUCGAUUCAAUAAGGAUCUUUUGGAACCAGCCAUGGAAAAAUACCGCCAGAAUGAUGCAGUUUAA